GUGUUUUCUAUCACUGCAGCAUCACCAGAGAGGAAAGAGGGAGCGCAAUCAAUUUCAUUGAAACGAGGAAGAAAAGGCACAAGUAGAUCAGGAAGAGAAGGAGGAAAAGGGGACGUGAGGAGCUGCUGGCGGAGAGGAGCAUCACUCUGGAGUUUCAUCUUUUAGACAGUUUCCUGCAGGAGGGUGUGGCACUGAUUUAAAGACCAAAAGGAGAGACGGAAGACCAGCAGGACUGGAGACAUAUGAAGCAAAGCCAAGACCUCUAGCACGUGAAGCACAUCCUGACACCUGCUCAUCUUCAUUGUGUUUGUGUGGUUGCCUCUGUGUGCAUUGCACUGUACGUCUGUGAGCAGGUGGGACAUUGAUGGCACUGUGAGCAAUGCCUCACAUACAGCGACAGCAGGUUUGCAGUAGGGGGCAGAGCUCCUCCCACCUCCUCCCCCUUGUCCUAGCCCUCAUUUCCCUCGAAGUCCUGCCCAGCCGAGCAGCCAUCGAAAUGCCCUCCAACUGGGAACACAAAAGGCCUCCUCAGAUCACCAUACACCCAGAGUCUGUCACUGUCUUCAGUGUCGAGGACCUCGUCAUGAGCUGUGAAGCCUCUGGCAUCCCUUCACCCAGUUUCAGUUGGACUAAGGAUGGAAAGCCAUUUGACCCAAGCACCGACACAGAGCUUAAGGUGACGAAGAACUCUGGCUCGUUUGCAUUCUACACGCUCAGUAAUACUAUGGACACCCUGAAGCCGUACCAAGGCAAAUAUAUCUGCUAUGCCACUAAUGAGCUCGGGACGGCUGUGUCAAAUGAAGCCAUACUCAGGACUGAUGUCCCCCCUACCCAGCAAAAGGAGAAGAAAGUCACUGUGAAGUCUGAUGAGGGAAGCAGCAUCGUGCUGAAGUGUAAUCCCCCUCAGAGCUCCAUGGAGCCCAUCAUUCACUGGAUGGAUCGGAAGCUGCACCAUAUCCAGCUGAGUAAGCGGGUGGUGGUUGGAAAGGACGGCAACCUUUACUUUGCACAUUUGACAAUGGAUGACAGCAGGGAAGACUACACCUGCAACGUCCAGUACCUGGCGACACGCACGAUUCUGGCAAAGGAGCCCAUCACUCUAAAGGUCAACCCCUCCAAUUCGGUACUGCGGAACCGGAGACCACACAUGAUGAGGCCUGCUGAAGGCGAAAGCACGUACCACGCCCUCAGGGGACAGACCGUAGAACUCGAGUGCAUUGUUCAAGGCCUCCCAACUCCUGAAAUUACAUGGCUGAAGAAGGAAGGUGAGCUGGAUGAUUCUCGGACAAUCAAAGAUAUGUUUGACCGACUCCUGCGCCUCAGUGACAUCUCUGAAAGUGACAGUGGCGAGUACCAGUGCAUAGCCAAGAACACCCAAGGGACUGCCAUACACACCUACCAUCUGAAAGUCGAAGCUGCGCCAUACUGGAAAAAGAUCCCUGAGAGUCUGAUCUAUGCCCCUGGUGAGACGGUAAGACUAGACUGUGCAGCAGAGGGUACCCCCUCUCCUACUAUCAGCUGGACCAGGAACGGAGAGGAAAUCUCAGGAACAGACUCCGGACAUGCUGUGAUAGCAGAAAAUGCAUCACUGAUCCUAAAUCGUGUCAACUUUGGCGACACCGCUAUCUACCAGUGCCGGGCCUCCAACGAACAUGGCACCAUCCUCACCAACACCUACGUAUACGUCAUUGAACUGCCUCCCCAGAUCAUUACAGAAGACAGGAAGCUUUACUCUGUCACUGAGGGCCAGAGCAUUUCACUGGAGUGUGAGACCUUUGGCUCUCCUAAACCAGAAGUCAUAUGGGAGAGAGGGACAUCGUACCUUCUGGAUGAUCCCAGAGUUAACCCACUCACCAAUGGGGGGCUUCAGAUCUUUAAUGUCAGCCAUGAUGAGGAGGGUUUCUACACCUGCUCAGUUCAAAAUGCCAACUUGUCAAUCACUGCUGAACUGGAAGUGUUCAACAGGACAGUUAUCCUGACACCACCUAAGGACCUAAAGGUGCAGCCUGGAACCACAGCAAUCUUCACAUGUGUGGGCCUUUAUGAUACAAAUCUGAGGAUGCCUCAAAUCCAGUGGAGAAAGAACAACCAGAAGCUGAUGGAGUCCUCCAGUGAUGAAAAAUACACAUUUGAUGGAGCAGACUUCAUAAUCACUAAUGUGGAACCAGAUGAUGAGGGCAUUUACACCUGUGAGAUCAUCACUUUGUUGGACAACGCUGAAGCCAGAGCCACUCUCACUAUAUGCGACCGUCCAGACCCUCCAGGCCUCCUCCAGAUCUCUGAUCCCAAACAUCGUGCAGUCUCUCUCAGCUGGACUCCUGGAGACAACCACAAGAGCACUGUUCUAGAGUAUAUAAUCGAGUUUGAAGACCAGGGUUUGAAGGAGAGGGGUUGGGAAGAGCUGAAGAGAGUAGGAGGCAAUCAGGAGCAUGCCGUCCUCUCCCUCUGGCCUUACAUGUCCUACCGUUUCCGGGCCAUCGCAAUCAACGAAGUGGGGAAGAGCGACCCUAGCAAACCCUCUGAAAUCCACAACACACCAGCUGAAGCUCCAGACAACAACCCAGAAGAUGUCCGAAGUGAGUCCAUAGACCCAGACACUCUCCUCGUCACCUGGGAGAAAAUGGAUAAACGUAACUUCAACGGACCUGACUUCAAGUACAAGGUGCAGUGGAGGCGAGCGGUGGGCAGUGGACCUAAGUGGCACAAGAGCGAAACGACUGAGCCACCAGUCAUCGUUACUGAUGUUGGCAAUUUCUCUGCUUUUGAAAUAAAAGUUCAGGCCAUCAACGCAAAUGGUGACGGACCGGAGCCGGACCCUGUUAUUGGCUACUCAGGGGAGGAGGUUCCCCUAGAAGCUCCGAUGGAUGCAGGAGUUGCACUAAUUAACAGCACUACAAUCAGAGUGACCUGGGCCGCUAUAGACAGAGAAACAGUGAGAGGACACUUGCUGGGAUACAAGAUACACCUUACCAGGAAGGGCUCCAGGGACCACAAUCGAGGCAGGAGAUCCAGGGAGGCUGAGAGCACUGUGGAGGAGACUGGUCCCAAUGAAGAAAUGAAGGUCAUCAGUAAUCUUAGACCAUACUCCCGCUACCUUCUGUCCAUUGCCGUUUUCAACAAAAAGGGAGAGGGACCCCAUUCCGAGCCACUGCCCUUCAAUACUGAGGAGGGAGUACCCGGUCCUCCAACAUCCCUGAUCCUUGACAGCCCAUCAGAAACAGAAAUGACCCUGCACUGGACACCUCCAGCCCACCCCAAUGGAAUCCUCACUGGAUACCUGCUUCAGUACCAGCGCAUUACAGAGAGCGAUGACAGCCCCUUACAGAAGGACGAGAUAGAUAACCCCACAGUCACCCACUUUACCCUGAAGGGCCUGGACCGUCACAACCAGUAUCGCUUCUACCUGAGGGGGCUCACUAGUGCUGGAAAGGGAGAGCCCAUAAUUAUGGCUGGUGCCACCACACUUGAUGGAGCUCCUCCCUCGGACAUCAGCCUGUCUGUGGGGGAAAACUCUGUAAAUGUCAGCUGGGAGGCCCAGAAGAGACACAGGAAUAUUGGUUUCUACAUCCACUAUCUCAAAAAGAAUGGUGGCAGUAACUGGAAAAAGUCUGAGAAGGUGAACUCUUCUCAGUCUUUCUACCAGCUUCGGGGCCUGACUCCUGGCUCUGAUUAUGUUCUGCGCUUCUUUUACGGUAAUGCCUCAUUCUGGGAGACAGGCAUCAAGACUGAAGGAACAGAAAUGACAGAGGUACAGGCAAGCAUUGCAACGCAGGGCUGGUUCAUCGGUGUUGUCAGUGCCCUUGUCUUGCUGUUGUUGAUACUUCUUAUUCUCUGCUUCAUCAAGAGGAGUAAAGGAGGAAAAUACUCAGUGAAAGAUAAAGAGGACGGUCCAAUGGACUCAGAGGCCCGGCCGAUGAAGGAGGAAACAUUUGGAGAGUACAGAUCUCUUGAAAGUGAUCUUGAGGAGAAGCGGACAGCCAGCCAGCCGUCCCUGUGUGAGGACAAGAUGUGCAGCGAGGAUACCCUGAACUUUAAUGGGAGCAGUGCGCUCACUACAGAGCUCAACCUGGAUGAAUCUCUGGCCAGCCAGAUCAGUCGUCAGAGUGAAGGUCCAGAGGGGUUUCAUGGCAUGCCUGAAAACUCCCCGCUGAACCCCACUACCAUCGCCCCAACCACUAAUGGCAUGCCCAAUUCAAUCACUAUCCUCGAUUAACCCCUACCAGAGACCAUCAGACCAAAAUGUCAACACAUAUGUGCCCAUACUGUCCUGUUCUCCCUCUGACUUGCUGAUGUUUAUUUCGAGGUCCAUUGCACAAUCAUAUACAGACUAUUCAUAUGCCCUCUGGCAGUCAUCUGACUGAUUAGACAUUUGUGACCAAAGGAGAGUCCAAAGUAGUGGACCACAUGACACCCAACGUCCCAUCCUAUUUUUUUUGUGUAGUUUACAGCUAAUUUAAACAGCUGAUGUUUAUCUGAACCCCUUUCCUCUUCUUACUUUGAAAAACACAGAGACAUAUAGACAGAAUGUUGUACAUUUUGAAAUAUCAGGGUUUCGAGGUGUGAUCGAAUAGUGAUACAGAGUAGUGCAUUAAAUAAACGUGGAGGGUGAUGAUGAGAUCAGUGUAGGGAAACAGACGCAUCGACACCUUGUAAAAGUAUUUACACCCCUUGAACUCUUGACAGUUUUUCCUGUUAUAACCACAAACUUGUGUAUUUUAUUGGGAUUUUAGGUAGUAGAUCAACACAUAUUACCACAUAAUUGUGACAUGAAAGGAAGAUUUUCGCACUUUUUCAUAUAAAAAUCUUGAAAAUGUAAUGUGCAUAUAGAUUCAGCUGCCCUAAGUCAACACUUUGUGCAACCCCCCUUAACUGCAACUACAGCUGCAAGUCAUUUGGGCUUUGUCUAUUGUUGCUCAAUCUUUUUGUAAAAUAGCCCAAACUCAAUAUCAUUUGAUGCAAACCAGCGGUAAACAUCAACCACAGAUUCUCAUUUUAUCUCUCAUUUUUAUUUUAGAUCUGGACUUUGACUAGGCCAUUCUAAAACAUGAAUGUGCUUUGAUCUUGAUAAUUCGACUGUAGCUCUAGCUGUAUGUCUAGGGUGCUGUCCAGCUGGUAGGACAACAUCUAUCCCAGCCUUGAGUCUUUUGCAGCCUCUAACUGGUUUUCUUUCAGGAUUUCCCUCAAUUUAGCUUCAUCCAUCUUCCUAUCCACUUUGACCAGCUUCUCUGCCCCUGCUGUAGAAAAGCCUCCCCACAGCAUGAUGCUGCCUCCAUCAUGUAUCACCGUGGGGAAUGGUGUGUUCUUGGCGAUGUACAAUGCUCGUUUUCGUCCACAUGGUGUUUUGCAGAUAGACCAAAAAGUAAAAUUUUGUUCUUACCUGACCAGAACACCUUCUUCCACAUGUCUGCUAUGUUCCCUACAUGACUUGUGGCAAACCAAGCAAAAUUUCUGGCCUUCUUUCAACUAUAGCUUAAAGCUUAUUGGCACUGUUCCAUGGAGGUCAGAUGAGUGGAGUAAAUGAGUAAUAGUUGUCAUGUACUGAUACUCCCACCUGAGCUGUGGAUAAAGCAGCUCCUCCAGAGUUACCAUUGGUAUCUUGGCUGCUUAGUAAUGCUCUACUUGCAUGUCAGCUUAAGUUGAUGGUCAGGGCUUGGUAGAUUUGCAGUUGUGCCAUACUCUUUCCAUUUGUGUAUGAUGACUUAAACAGUUCUCUGGGAGAUGUUCAGACCUGAGGAUAUUGUUUUAAAAACAUAAUUCUGCUUUAAAGUUCUCUACAACUUUUUCUCUGACGUUUGCGUUCCUUGGUCUUUAUAAAGAUAUUUAUUUACUAAUGUUUGCUAACAACAAAGUUUAUUUAGGGACAUCAGGUUAAUGAGAAAUGAAUAGAAAUUCAGAUCUGCAAAAAAAAAAACCUGAAAACGUGAGAUUUGUGAUUGUAGUCUGACAACAUGAGAAAACUUCAAGAGGUGUGAAUACUUUUUCAAGGCACUGUACAAUUUAAUCUUAUUAUUUUAUUAUUUUGUAUGAAAUUGUAUGUCUUAUGCCACUGAAUGCAUCAGAUUGUCUUUGCAGAUGUUAUUUUACAUUUAUGAUAACUGUGACUAAACACGACUUCUCUGGCAUUUUUAUUUAUGAUCAUUUUCAUAUUUAUAUAAAGCUUAUGACCUCUCAUAGCAAUUUUGAAUAGACCAGGAUGUUUUCAUUGAAAUCAAGGCAUACAGUCAGAUUUCAGUGUGAAACCUGCUGUGUAAAUGUGUUGAGUAGCACCUGGUGUAUAUAGCUGCAUCUGCAUUUAUCUAUUCAGCCAUAAUACAGUAUUAUAGAUAUGUAAAUGCUCCUUAUAAGUUCCUGUGCCUGCUGGGUCUGCCUAAAGCUCCAGAUUGAUGUCAUUACAGUCUCGCCUUUCCACAACAAGCGUAAUGUCAUUUUAUUUUAAAUGGAAUUGUAACUUUUUCGGUGUUGAGACCUUUGUGUAACUGUCUUUGUCUCUUUCUACUCUGUAUUAAAACGUGGUUGAGUUUAACUAACAACCUUUUCAUACCUGUCCAUCUCAUACAAUACAGUCUGAUUGAGAAAAAGUAUUUAUUACACACUGGAGCAUGGAAUCGGGUUUUAGUUUUUAACCUUUAUCAGCGCAAGCUGAGUUUUGCAGACAGGAUGUACGAUAAAGGCGUAUUUACAUAAGAGAAUGUAUUCUUUUCAGGACGAGGUAAAUAUUGUAUUUCUGGGCUUUUAAUCUGCGCAACAAGACUCUGGAAAGUUAAGAAAUGUUUUAAAUAAUCUAGAAAGGACCAUUAUUUUCACAGAAUGUAAAUAGAACCCUUCAAAACAACCAUGUUUGAUAGAAAAAAAAAGAAAAAGCGCCGUUUUUAAAACACCCAACUUUAUUCAGAAAUGUUUAAAGUUGAAAUUUUCUUCUUCUGUACUGUCGGUAUGAAUUCAAAUGUUUUGUUUUUGACAAAUGAUUGCAGAAAGACUUGGGUGUAGCAAAGGAAUAGUUCAUAGCUGAAGAACAAAAAAGAUAAAACAAACAAAAAAAUGCACAUUGUUCUGUAGAUGUUUGCAAACAUAUCAUUUUUUGAAAAUCAAAAAAUGUGUACAUUUAGUGUCUUUUAGUGAAAGUAGAUACAUCACACUGAAAACUAAGUUAGGAUUCAUGCACAUGAUCAUUCAGCAAUGUGUUGCAGUGCAGUGAAUAUCUGUGAUGCAGUUAUGUCAGGCAGGAAUGCAGUAAGCCAAUCAGUGCCCUCCUUGUUCAAAUUGAAGCUUUCUACUGGUCAAACAUAUCGUGGCUGCCUCUGUAGGAGUAUCUGGGAUGUCUACAAAGGCUAGAGGCACCAAAGGAGGUGUACACACUCCUUGGUUUGGGUCAAACAGACACGCUCAGGACAAAUAAAAUUCUAUUUUCAUACAGGAGCAUCAACCUACUCAAAAUAUGCCAAUACCCUAGCAUAAGUGCUGCUGAACAUCUGUGUUUGUUAAUGUUUGGGGCAAAUGUUAACUUUGAAUGAGGAACGAGUGUACACACACACAGAUACUCACUCAACUGCCACUCACUCUUUGCUUUUCAUGUUUCAAGAGGGAUUCAGUGGGAUUCUGGCCUUUGCUUUUCCACUGGUUGUUACUUUUUAUAGCUAAACAGACUAAUCAUCGAAAAAGUAACUGGUUGGUUUAAAUUAAGCUUCUCAAAAUUUUAAACGCUGACAUACUAACAUAGUGGCUGAGUGAAGAUGAGACAAAAUGUGUGAGAUGCGGAGGGGUAGGUGAUGUGUGUCUCUUUGUGGUGUGUCGGUCAGCACGGUGAUGAUGCUUACAUGUACCCGGGGUGUUUGACGGGUUGAGAGGAGAGCAACCGCAAAUGGGGCUGAUUAAACUGUAACUGCUUAAUUAAUCUACCACUGUAACUGGAUAUAUGACUGACAAAUAAAGAACCUUGAACAAUC